AUGGCAUUCCUCUUUAAAUCGAAGAAACACCAGCAGGGUUCUGGGCUACCUCCGGCGACCAGAGGUAACCAUAGUUCCGAAGGAACUCCCGCAAACCCACCUGCGACUGCACCCACCGCGCAGAAGGAACGAGAUUCGGCUCAUUCGCAGACCCCGACUCCUAGCAGCAGCUAUAAUAAUUCCCUGAACUCGCUGAACGGCACCAACAGCCCGGACCAUCCGCGCUUGCGACAGAGGGCCGAGUCCGAGUCGCAGCAACCUCCGCCGACACACAGUAACAACACCUCCCCGAACAAUAGCCCCGGUGCAUCGCUCUAUCCCUGGUCCCAAAGGCGACUCAAUUUCUCGAAUGCUCAAAAUAUCCCAUUCCCGCGAUAUGGAGCAGCGAUCAACGCGGUGGCGUCAAAAGAAGGUGACAUCUACAUGAUGGGCGGCUUAAUAGACGGGUCAACUGUGAAGGGGGAUCUCUGGAUGAUGGAAAGUAGUGGGGGAACUUUGUCUUGUUUUCCCAUUGCUACCGUCUCCGAAGGGCCGGGGCCCCGCGUCGGCCACGCGAGCUUGUUGGUUGGCAACGCUUUCAUCGUGUUCGGUGGUGACACCAAGGUAGACGAGAGCGACACCUUGGAUGAUACCCUCUAUCUACUGAAUACUUCCUCCCGCCAAUGGUCCAGAUCCAUCCCUCCUGGGCCUCGGCCCGCCGGACGUUACGGCCAUACACUCAACAUCCUAGGAUCUAAACUCUAUGUCUUUGGUGGUCAGGUCGAGGGUUUCUUUUUCAACGACUUGGCUGCGUUCGAUCUCAAUCAACUCCAGAACCCGGGGAACAAGUGGGAGUUCUUGAUUCGAAACAGCCACGAAGGCGGACCACCUCCGGGACAGAUCCCUCCCGCUAGAACUAAUCAUACGAUCGUCAGCUUCAACGACCGCCUCUACUUAUUUGGAGGAACAAACGGUGUGCAAUGGUUCAAUGAUGUGUGGUGCUAUGACCCACGUGUCAAUGCUUGGAGUCAAUUGGAUUGCGUCGGAUUCAUUCCGACACCUCGUGAGGGACAUGCUGCAGCUAUUGUGAACGACGUGAUGUAUAUCUUCGGAGGCCGAACGGACGAAGGUAUUGAUCUGGGCGAUCUCGCGGCUUUUCGCAUCACGACACGACGAUGGUAUUCCUUCCAGAACAUGGGUCCCGCGCCGUCUCCUAGAUCCGGUCAUAGUAUGACAGCAUUUGGGAAACAGAUUAUUGUCUUGGCUGGCGAGCCAAGCUCGGCACCACGCGACCCAAUCGAACUUAGCAUGGCAUACGUCCUUGAUACUGCCAAGAUCCGUUACCCGGCCGAGAACCAAGGUGGGGAGAGGGCACCAAUCCAGACGAUGCGAAAGAUGAGCGGAGACCGCUCCGCUCAGCCGACUGGGCGGUCUUCUCGUGAAGCACAACAUCAGCACCCCGAACAGCAACGGCGAGGACCAGGGGCACAGCCGAGGGAGAACGUGGUGACGAGUCCGACAGGCAGACCGGCAGACAUCGGACCUAACUCAGGACCUGGAUCCCGGCUGCCUAGAGCAUCUAUAGCCCAGGCACCACCAUCAGGGCCACCUCCCCCGGGGCAAGCUCCCACCCCCGGGCCGAGGGGCAAUGGCCCUCAGCAUGUCAUCAACCCCCGAAGCAAAACUCCUCCUAAGAAUGAGCGUGCUUAUGCAGGCCCUCCAGUGGAUACGGUUCGCGCCGUGGCACCCGAAACGGACAGGGAAUCACCAGCUGCUAGAGACUCAUUGAAAGACUCCAAGCCGGUCCAAGACUCAACCACUCCGCCAUCGAGUCAACGUACGCCUAUUCAACAACAAUCCAGGAUGUCUGCCAAGGCCAUGGAGGCCGGUGAGGCUGCCCCAUUAAUCAGUGCACCGGCUCGGCAACGGUCCUUACGACACAACCGGCAGCGCGGCUCCAUGGACAGCGCUGAUGAGUCCGUUCUAGGUCGUAAUGCCAGCAUUGACGGCUCAAUAGAGUCUCGCAACUAUCGUAAUUCUAGGUCCGGAGACGAGCCGCGGUCUCCGCGGUUGACUGCUCAUCAAGAGGCACUGAUCAAGGAACUAGAAGCAGUGAAGAAUCGCAACGCCUGGUAUGCUUCUGAGCUUGCCCUAGCCAAGAAGGCCGGGUACACGCCGAACUCAGCGAAUAGUCCCGUGAUGGACGAGCGUGCCGCGGACGCAUUGACGGACGAGGAUCGCCCUUUGAUCGAAGCCUUUCUUGCCAUGAGAGCAGAGCUUGCCAAGAUGCAAGCCACCGUGGAUCGUCAGGCAGCUAUUGCGUCAAAAAGGGUUGCCGAGGUUGAACACCAGCGUGAUGUCGCUGUAAAUGAAGCGGCUUACUCCCGUGCCAAGUUGGCAGCUCACGGCGGUAGUCAAAGAGGUACACCGCAGCCUGAUGGACCCGCCCAGGACUCGGAUGAAGCCAUUUCGGAACGAAGCACGGAAAUCAGCAGAAGACUAGCUUUGGCACUUGCCUCUCAGAACGACCUCAAGUCGAAGCUCGAAAUGAUGACGACCGAGUACGAACAGGAAAAGCGGGCUAGAGAAUUGGCCGAAGAGACUUGUGAGGCGACGAGACGGAGACUAGCGGAACUUGAAAUGAACAAUAGCAAAUUGGAAGCCGAAAGUCUUAGAGCCGAGCUUCAUCAGGCCGAGGCAUCUGUCAGGGAAGAGUCGAUGCUGCGUUCUGAAGCCGAGUCCGCUGUGAAACAAUUGACCCUCGAUAAGGAAGAAUUGACGCAGAAGCUAGAAGAGUCUACGUCCCGACUGAGAGACUACGGCAAUAAUCUCGGCAGUCUUCGAGAAGCGGUGACCGCUUCUUCUGACAAAUCCGCUCUCCUCGAACGACAACUGGAUGACGAGCGCGAGCGUCGGGAGGGACUAGAGAGAAAGCUUCUUCAGUUGAGGUCGGAGCACGAAGAGCGAACUGCGGAACUCGAAAAUGCUACUCGUCGCCUGAGAAACGCGGAAGAGCUCAUCGAGAUCCACUCCAAGGAAGCAGAGACGCACAAGAACGCAUUCCUGUCCGGACUCGAUCGCGCCUCGUCCUUUGACUCGGAUACCACUCUUCGCUCUCUCUCCGACCAGCGUGUAUCCGUCUUGGAAGCUCAGGUUGAGAGAGCCAACGAGUUGGCCAAGACCAGCCAAGCAGCUGCGAAUGAGGCGGCCGAAAAGCUUCGUCGCGCAGAGGAGCGGAUCGCUGGGUUGGAGGCAUACCAGGAGCAGGCUAGCCGGGAAGGCCUACAACUUCGCAGGCAACUUCAGGCCGCCAUGAAAGAAAGCCAAACUCAUGCCGCUGACAAUCGUGAGCUGAAAGCGCAGUUGGAGAACCACCAUCGCGAAGCGGGAGCGUUAGCUGUGCAACAUGCUGCCCUCAAAGACCUUCUUGGUGAGCGGGGCGUUUCAUACUCUGAUAGCCGUCGCUCGCCUCACCUCGAGUCCCCUGGGUCUCGCUUCGGCACACCGGAGGCAGGUCGACUCCGCGAGUUGGAACAGCAGCUUUCUGCUAGCAUCAAAGCUCACGAAGAAUUGAAGUCGUCUUUCGAGUCUCGUGAACAAGAGGCCGACCGCACGUACAGAGAAAAGCUGGAGCAGCUUGAGAACGAUUAUCAGUCUGCUGUACAUUAUGUCAAGGGCACUGAGAAGAUGCUAAAGCGCAUGAAAGACGAACUGGCCAGGUACAAGUCUCAAAAUGCUAAGCUUCAGUCCGACUUGGACGAGGCACAGUCCGCCCUGGCGGAAGCCUCAAAUGGGUUGUCGGAAGCCCCAGCUGACUGGGAGGCCGAACGUUCCAGGCUUGAGGGGUCUAUCUCGGACCUUGAGCAGCAAUCAUCAGCCUCAAUCGCCGCUCUGGAAGAGCAGGUCGCAAGGCUCAGGGACGAUCUUGCUGCGCUCGAGGCUGACAAGACUAAAUCUCAAUCCGAGCUCGAGCACGUGCAACAAGAGCUCGCGGCAGCUGCUGAGCGGAGUCGCGCGGAGUUGGAGCAACUUAAGGCUGAGAACGCCUUACUCGAGAAUCGGGCCUCUGAUGCCGAGCAGAAAGUGACCAUGCUUCUCGACCAGGUCGAGGCGUCUGUCGGACAAUAUCGUCGCCAAUCGCAGCCGGUGCAGAUGAAUGGCAUUUCUCGCACCCAUAGCAACGCCUCAAGCAACACCAUUGGUGCUGCAAGCCGUCGGUCCCGGGCCGAUAGCACUGUGUCUCAAGAUGAUGCCUUCCCAGACAAUCGUAAUUCAAUGGCUUUGGAUUCGUUAGCGAAUGAAUUGGAAGCUCUGCGCAGCCACUGGGAGAGCACCAAUCGCAACUAUCGGCUAAGCACGCAGUCCGAUUUUGAUCGAACACCAACGAAAGAGACGGGGCUGAGUGACAGCCUGGCUGAAUGGAGACGACGAUUAGACGAAGACGAAGCCAGAGCAAGCUCUCCCGAAAAGGUCCAACCCCGAAACGCAGCAGCACAUCACGCCACAGCGAACAUGAUCUGAGGGGGCAGGAUGACAUCACUUGCUUUCCGCCUGUCGAAAGAUAUGAUGCGAUUCGGCAUGAUCGUUCAGCGAAUACAUUGCUGAGUAUAGUAAUUGGUCACCGCAGUUGGUUAGAUGAUCACUUGGGCGUAUACCAUCUUUUGUGAUGAGUCUCCGUGGUCCGGCUGACAUUGAGCUGCAUGGAGAGGCCCCAGGAAGCACCUCCAGCUCAUUCAGUCAUCCCGUUGAUAUCCUUUUGCCUUGAUCACCUACCCUUUCUCCCUUUCGUACAUGUUCACAUUUUCUUAACCCUCGUUCAUGUUUCCGUUUAUACCCCUUCCUAUUCUAGUUCCAUACUUGGACUGUACUAUUACCUCUUGAUAAGUUUUUAACG